CAACAAGCUGAACACCCUGCUAGAUGGUAUUGGGGGCUUAUACAGGUAAUAUUAUUCAACAAGCUGAACACCCUGCUAGAUGGUAUUGGGGGCUUAUACAGGUUUACAGUCUCUUUUUCUCAGUCAUCUCUCUGAUUCAAACCAUCGUUUAUUUUAACGAAUGUGAGAAAAAAUCAAGUUCUAUUUGGAGACUAGUUGUUGCUGUGCCUUUUUAUACCUCCGCCAUUCUUUACCGAGCUCUCGCCCUCUCCCUCCUCCUCAUCUUCUACCAGCAGUACACCAUCAUCCCAAUCCUCAUCAUCCUCAUUCUAAACAUCCUCUCCUUCAAGAUCCUCGGCCUCGACCUUCCUCGCAGCCUCGUCUACGGAGUUUCCAGCCUCCUGGCUCCAGCAGGAUUUAAUAGGUGUCGGAAUCCCAAGUUCCAACCUCUAGGCUAUGUAAGCGACGAGGUUAGAUAUAGUGAACGGAGUCCGGAGCAGGUGGAGAUCCUCCGAGAACGAAGUAAACGCUAUCUUGCUCUUCAUCUUAUAUUCGGAGCUUUCGUCCUAGGAGUAUCACUGGCCCUAUUGUGGAUAAUGUUGAAUUUCUCCCAGAUCUACUCUCCCCUGAUCCACCUGACCAUCCUACCCAGGGUCUUCAUUAACGAUUACAUCUUUCCAGCAAUCCUGGCAGGGUUCAUCUCAUCUACAGCAUUCACUGCACUGUACUGUUGUACUAUACUCUGCUGUGCACAGGAGGAGUACAUUUAUCCUCUAACUAUACAUUAGUACAACAUGUACUGUUGUACUAUACUCUGCUGUGCACAGGAGAAGUACAUUUAUCCUCUAACUAUACAUUAGUACACCAUGUACUGUUGUACUAUACUCUGCUGUGCACAGGAGGAGUACAUUUAUCCUCUAACUAUACAUUAGUACACCAUGUACUUCUGUACUAUACUCUGCUGUGCACAGGAGGAUUAUAUAUCCUCUAACUAUACAUUAGUACACCAUGUACUGCUGAACUAUACUCUGAUGUGCACUGGAGGAGUAUAUUAAGUAUACACUAUUACACUGUACUGCUGUACUAUACUCUGGUAUGCACAGGAGGAGUACACUACAAUGCGGUACUAUGCUGUGGACAGGAGGAGUCAAUUUAGCCUCUAACUAUACACUAGCACACUGUACUGCUGUACUACACUCUGCUGUGCAUAGGAGGAGGAGUACGUAUAUCCUCAAACUAUACACUAUUUCACUGUUCUGCUGUGUACAGGAUGAGUUACUUAUACAUUUACUGCUGUCCGGUACCCUAUGAGUACGGAACAUCAAAAUAUAUAUUAGUGUACUUCUUUACAUUGCAUAGUACAAGUCCUAUAAUUUACAUCAGUGCAUUUUAAUAUAAUAUUUUUUCAUUGUGUUCAAUGUACAUUGUUGUAUUUAAGUUCAUAAAAUGCAAGGAGAUAUUGAAUAGAAGGAGGGGGCGAUAGGGUUUCCGUACACUUUGCUGUGACGUAUUUGGACUGCUG